UUGUUAACUUGGCAUAUAAACGCAAAUUCCUUUGAUCCCUGUGUAUCUAUCGCUUCUGCUCCGAGUAGUUCGCAGUGCUGCGUCUAUCUACGACAGCGAAACAUUCAGUACGAACUUAUCGAGGCUCGCCACCCACCAGGAGGCAGCCGAUGGGACGACAUUCGUGAGGUGGCAAACCCAAACACGGGAAUCUUUGCACCCGUCAGUCUGGCCCUCCGGCAUGGCUGGAUUCGCCUUUGCGAGGGUCAAAAUCUCUACGUGAACACGACUACUGGUACAGCGAUCCCAUUGGAGACGGCAUUGUCCCAAGGCCGUAUUCGCCUUGGAUGGCCCAGUGCCACGCCGUCUGAUCCUGCGGCGUCUGGUACGCCACAACUUCUGCUCGCAGAGCGUGUCUUUCACGGUUGGCGGCGAGCCUUAAUAGGCUACAUGCUGGACACUCAAACGGGCGAUCUGGUCAGCUCCACAGUAGCGUUUGCUCGUGGUCUUCUUGACAUCUCUGGCCGGUAUAUCCGGGUCCUGGACACACAGACGGGUACUUGGAUUUCCCUAGAAGAGGCGGUUGGCAAGCAGAUAUUAUCCGUGGAGCCCUGCCCCAGACAACUAAUAGGCCUGGCAUCAUCAGCUCGGGGCGGCGAAUCCGACGACGGCUCUGAAGAUUCUCUCGAGGGCCGAGUGGAAGAGGCGGAAUCCUGUCGUGUUUUCCGCAUUUCUCACAUUCGGCCGGGUGGUGAGUCUGGAGACUGGCUGGAACCUCUUCAGGCUCAACAGCUUGGCCUCUUCCAGUGGCAAACAGGUGACGUUGCAGCUGAUCUGUUAGCUCGCCCAUUCAACCUGACCAAUCAGCAACGAGCCACCGGAAUUCCGCCCAACUCGAAAAAGUUGGGGCCCGAAUCUUUUGUGCCCAUUAGCUGGAUCAGUCUGCUCAGUGCUCGCCAGUCCGGCUGGAUUCGCCUCAGGGAAGAGUCCGAGCCCUACCGUUGGCUACCAACAAGCUCCCGGAACCCUGAGCCUUUCCAAGCUACUGAAGUCCAUACUGCCUCAUCACAGCGUCUUGCGAUUCUUGCCAAUGAGGUCAGCCUUGUCGCUCCAACUAGUACAGCCACUCUGUCCGGGCCUCUACCUCCUGGCGCCGGUCAACAGUAUCACAUAAGCCAAACUCAGCAUCCACUUAAUCCGCCAGGCUCCCCUAAAAGAACCAACAGUUCUCCAGAGUUUUGUAGAUUGACCGGUCAGUCUGUGGGGAUCCGAGCUCGUGAUCCUUUUUCAAUUCACUUCCCUCCCCCUCAGAUCUCACCAGUACAGCAUCAAAUCCCAGGACCUAUCUCCCCUGUCGGCCAUCUGAGUGGAAAUCUCUCAAGUCUUUCAGCCCGCCGUGCUCAGGCAGCACAUUCUUCAUACCAGCCG